AUGUCAAAUAAGAAUGUUUUUGAGGUACCUGUUUCUGCGGAGGAGUUGAAGAUACGGAGUGAGCUUGCGAAGAAGAUUGAAAAGGAUUUGGAAGAGGAGAUUAAGGAAAGUAUAUACAAUCUUGCUCGUCGAUUGAACCGAAUUUUUCAGCAAAGGAAGGAAAGAGAGGCUAAAGAAGCGGUGUUUGAUAAGGUAAAUAACAAAACUAGAGCACUUUCUAAGGUGGUUAUAAACAUAGGAGUUGAAGGAGGGGCUAAGAUUGAAAUCAAAGAGGUUAACAGAGAAGCAAAAGAAAGGCGUUGUGAUUUUCGACCGAAAAAAUGUUUGAAAGAAGUGAAGGAAGUUGUUUGGGAGAAGAGUUUGAGAAGAGGUUCAAGCUCUGUGAAAGGAGCAUAUGUUAGAUCAAAGCAAAAGGAUAGAAAUAUGAUGAAGGGAAGGAAUGGAAGUGAAGAUAAAAAGCUUUUUCAAUUGGUGUGGAAAGUUUGA